AAAAAUGGAACUGAAACCGUUACUAAGGCGAGUGGGCUCGAUAGUCCGUGCCAUCCUGACAUUCCUCUUUGCCCUGGUGGUGCUGGGGGUGAUGGUGUGGGCCUACGUCCAGGGCUUCCAGCUGGCCACCUCCCCGUACGGCAUCAUCUCCUUUGGCUUCUAUGGCCUCCUGCUGGGGCUCCACGUCCUGGUCCAGAGCUUUUUCGCCUUCGUGGAGCACCGCCGCAUGAGGGACCGAAGCAAGGCCUGCACAUUCACCAAGACCAUCGGUUUCACUAUCUCAGCCUACCAGGAGGACCCAGAAUACCUGCGCGAGUGCCUCAACUCCAUUCGGGCCCUCAAGUACCCUCCAGAGCUGCUGCGGGUCAUCAUGGUGGUGGAUGGGAACUCAGAGGACGACCUCUACAUGCUGGAGAUGUUCAGGGAGGUGUUUGCAGACCAGGACCCUGGCUGUUACGUGUGGAGGAAUAACUACCACACGUGGGACCCCACCCAGACCCAGGAGGGGGGCAUCCUCGAGGUGAUAGGCCCCGCCGGGGAUGCUAGUUAUGGGCUGGGAGAGGACCCCCAGAGGAGGGAGGUGGAGGAUCUGAUCAACAGCAGGAGGUGUGUGUGCAUCAUGCAGAAGUGGGGUGGAAAGAGGGAGGUGAUGUACACAGCGUUCAAGGCACUGGGACUGUCGGUGGACUACAUACAGGUGUGUGACUCUGACACCAAGCUAGACCCCCUGGCUACGGUGGAGCUGUGUAAGGUUCUGGAGAGCAACCAGAAGUACGGGGCMGUGGGAGGAGARGUGAUGAUCCUCAACCUCAAGGAGUCCUACAUCAGCUUCAUGAGCAGCCUGCGCUACUGGAUGGCGUUCAACAUUGAGAGGUCCUGCCAGUCCUUCUUCAACUGUGUCUCCUGCAUCAGCGGCCCAUUGGGUCUGUACAGGAAUGACCUCCUCCAGCAGUUCUUAGAGUCCUGGUACAACCAGAAGUUCCUGGGGACUCACUGCACAUUUGGGGAUGACAGACAUCUCACCAACCGCAUGCUCAGCAUGGGCUAUGCCACCAAAUACACGGCCCGCUCCAAGUGCUACACGGAGACGCCAGGCCAGUUCCUCCGGUGGCUCAACCAGCAGACACGCUGGACCAAGUCUUACUUUCGCGAGUGGCUCUACAACGCCAUGUGGUGGCACAAGCACCACCUGUGGAUGACCUACGAGUCCAUCGUCUCUGGUGUCUUCCCCUUCUUCGURACGGCCACCAUCAUCCAGCUGUUCUGGARAGGCACRCUGUGGGARAUCCUCUGGGUCCUCUGCUGCAUCCAGCUCAUCGGCCUGAUCAAGGCGGCCUAUGCCUGCAUCCUGCGCCGCGACCUGGUCAUGGUGUUCAUGUCCCUCUACUCUGCCCUCUACAUGACCAGCCUGCUGCCCGCCAAGUACUUUGCCAUCAUCACCAUGAACAAGAGCAGCUGGGGCACGUCGGGCCGCCGCAAGAUGGUUGGGAACUACAUCCCCCUGCUGCCUCUGUCGGUGUGGGCGGCCAUCUUGCUGGGCGGGUCCUGCUACACCAUCUACAAGGAGAGCCAGAAGGGCUGGUUCACGCCGGCUAAGGUACUAGAGACCAGGUUUCUGAUCUACGGCUGUGUGGCGUACGUCUGCUACUGGUUCCUCAUGAUCUUCCUCUACUGGGUGUGGUUCCGCAGGCUGUGUAGGAAACGCUCCCAAAGUUAUGACGUUAGCAUAUAGGGACAGUUUCUAUACAAGAGAAAAAAGACUGGAUAUUUAGUAUUUAUUUAAUGUUUUGUACAUCAAAGAUUUUUCAUUUAUUUAUUUAAUCUUGUGCUACAGUAGCUGUUUGUGAACAGAUAACCUUUAUACAGCUGCUAAAUCAACUGAACCAUAGAAUAUAUAAAUGUAUAUAAUGUACUGUAUAUGAGAACAAUUACCUAGACUCUGGGAAGCUUCAUCUAGAAUAGUGUCAAAGAUGAGAAUAUAUUGUUGAUAACUACAGUUUGCUGUGCUACUGAAGAUGGAGAAAGGAGUUGUUAGUUGUUAAGUGAGUGAAUAUUUGACAUUCAGUUGUCUUUACACAUACUUUAUAACUGAAACUGCAUAUGGAAGCAAUAUAGUAUACCUCUCAGGAGUCCUCUCAGCAGUUGAUGAUAAGACUAAUAAUCUAUUCUAGAUGGCCCUUGAUUUGCUGUUGCUUAUUUCUACUGACUGCCUAACAAACGAAGUGUUACAUUUAUUUAAUAUAAGGAUUUGUAAUCUCUCUUGAGCACAACAUGAUUGAACUGUUAUUAGAUCACGCUGUAUGUGACUUGAUAUGUGCCUUACAGAACAAAAUACCAUAUCAGACAUAGUAGCUUUUCUUUGUUUUUAAAUAUACUUCUCUCAAUAAUGCACUGGAAAUUGGACUGGAUUUUAAUCAGAGUUUUCUUUUAAACAUUACCUUGGAAGAAAACUAGCAAAAUGUCUUGUGGUUCUAAGUGAAAAUAUUUAUUUCAGUGUAAAUAAUAGUGACAGACUCCGUAGGAAGACAAUUAGACAAUCAUACAUGUGAUAUCCACUCCCAGGGAUGCUUUGUGAAGCCCUGUGAGAUAGACGGACAAUGGUUCUGCUGUCAUGUUGAGUAUAAACAUGAGAGAUGCACCUGGCUCGGUUUGAACUGAACUGACUGAGCACAUCGGUAUAGAUUGUUUAUGCACAUUUUUCAUUGUAUGUGAUGAUUUCCUCUGUCAUAUUACUUUACAAAUGUGAAUGAAUGUAUGUAUGU